AAACAGCCAUUAAGUAGCUAUUCUCUGCACAUACUGAACAGACUGUCUUGUCGUCAUCGUCUGCUCUGCUCUACCUCGCCUCUGGCCGUCGACAGCUCCUUAGUUCCACCGCCAUGGACGGCAGUUCGUCUCAAUCUGCUUACGGAAAGCCAGGUUUUUCUGCCGGCGUACGCGUCCCCGUUUGUUCUACCACCCAGCUUAUCGAAAAACUUCAAUUGAAAUGGAGUACGGUGAAGGAGCAACCUUACCCUGCUAUGUACUCGAGCUACUUUGGUGGAAUCAUUCUUGAUCCUGCUAUGAUGCUUGUUCCAAUAGAUGAUCACAUGGUGCACAGAGGACAUGGCGUUUUUGAUACAGCCGUGAUAUUGAAUGGGUACCUUUAUGAGCUGGAUACCCACCUUGACAGAUUCUUAAAAUCAGCAUCAAAAGCCAAGAUUUCUUCUCCAUUUCCUAAGGAAACUUUAAAAAACAUAUUGAUCCAGAUGACAGCAGCAUCAAAGUGCAGGAGAGGCUCACUCAGAUACUGGUUAAGUGCAGGGCCAGGAGACUUCCUUCUCUCAUCUUCAGGUUGCCCAGAGCCUGUCUUCUAUGCAGUUGUUAUUGCCGACAAUUUUUCCCAGCGAAAGGAAGGUGUUAAAGUCGUUACAGCCAGUACACCAAUGAAGCCUCCUCUCUUUGCUACAAUGAAGAAUGUCAACUAUCUCCCCAACGUUCUAGCGAUAAUGGAAGCUGAAGAGAAGAAUGCCUUUGCCUCAGUCUGGGUUGAUGAGAGCGGCCACAUUGCAGAAGGUCCUAAUGUUAAUGUUGCAUUCAUAAGCAAGAAGAAGGAACUUCUGCUUCCCGCUUUUGAUAAUAUACUCACAGGGUGUACUGCUAAGAGGCUUUUGGCAUUAGCUCCCAAACUAAUUGAAAAGGGACUUCUGAAGGGUGUGGAGAUUCGGAAUAUAAAGUUAGAAGAGGCUAAGGAUUCAGCUGAAAUGAUGUUUGUGGGGAGUACUCUUCCAUUAUUGCCAAUCAUUGAAUGGGAUGGAAAACCUGUUGGAAAUGGAAAAGUAGGGGAGCUAACCCUUGCACUGUCUGAUCUGCUUUGGGAAGACAUGAUUAGUGGCCCAGAGAGGAUCUGUGUUCCAUAUGAAGAUGAUGGAGCAUUGCUACGGAGCAAAUUAUAAGCAGAGUUAAGUACAUCAUGUCCAUUGUAGCCUUUGCUAAACUAAUAAUGCAAAAAGUACGAUUGAAUUUUGAUAUUUCAAGUCAAUUUCUGCAAAAAGCUUGGCAAAUUUUCUUCAAUAAGAACAACAAUUCUCCUUUGCUUCUCAUAUCAUUACUCUGCUCUUUAUCUUUGUAUCCCACCUUCUCAGCAGGGUAUUGACUUGAUUGCUAGGCUGCAAAAGCCUGGUUUUGUCUGAUUGUACUCUGUUUUGCACGUUCUCAGUAUGCUUCAGUAGUGGUUUGUUUGUGUAUCUUGCUUUAUGCAUGUGUGUUCAUGUUUACUAUUUAAUAAAUUAUGUAGUAAUGCUGCCGAGUACAUUUAUUCCUGGA